CCGUCCUGCCCUCCGCCGGGAUGCUCGGGCCCCUGUGGAAUUUCCUCAAGCGCCACAGGAGGAAAUGCAUCUUCGUCGGGACCUUCCUCGGAGGAGUCUAUUUACUGGGAAAAUAUGGACAGAAGAAAAUUAAAGAAAUACAAGAAAGAGAGGCUGCUGAAUAUAUUGCACAGGCAAGAAGACAAUAUCAUUUUGAAAGCAACCAGAGAACUUGCAAUAUGACAGUGUUAUCAAUGCUUCCAGCAUUGAGGGAUGCCUUAAUGCAACAACUAAAUUCAGAGAGCCUCACAGCUCUGUUGAAAAGCAGGCCUUCAAACAAACUAGAAAUAUGGGAUGAUCUGAAGAUAAUAAGUUUCACAAGAAGUAUUGUAGCUGUGUAUAGUACUUGUAUGCUUGUGGUCCUUUUGCGAGUCCAGUUAAAUAUUAUUGGAGGAUACAUCUACCUGGAUAAUGCAGCAGUUGGCAAGAAUGGCACCAUGCUUCUAGCACCUCCUGAUGUUCAGCAGCAAUAUUUGUCAAGUAUCCAUCACCUUCUAGGAGACGGUCUGACCGAGUUAAUAACUGUUGUUAAACAAGCAGUGCAGAAAAUUUUGGGAAGUGUUUCCCUUAAACACUCUAUGUCCCUCUUGGAUUUGGAGCAGAAAGUAAAAGAAAUCAGAAAGAUAACAGAGGAACAGAAGCCUCCAUCGUGGGUGGAUACUACUGGACCCAGAUCUCUGCUGUGUCAUUAUAUGAUGCCAGAUGAAGAAACCCCACUGGCGACUCAGGCAUGUGGACUUACAGCAGGAGAUGUUACUACUAUUAAACUGCUGAAUGAAACAAGAGACAUGUUGGAAAGUCCAGAUUUCAGUACAGUCUUGAACACUUGCUUAAACAGAGGUUUCAGUCGACUUCUAGAUAAUAUGGCUGAGUUCUUUAGACCUACUGAACAGGACCUGCAACGGAAAGAUUCCAUGAACAGUCUCUCCAGUGUCAGCCUUCCUCUAGCCAAGAUCAUUCCAAUAAUAAAUGGACAGGUCCAUGCAGUGUGUAGUGAAACACCUAGUCACUUUGUUCAGGAUCUGCUGAUGAUGGAACAAGUGAAAGAUUUUGCUGCUAAUGUGUAUGAAGCCUUCAGCACUCCACAGCAACUGGAGAAAUAAUGCUCCUCAAGGUAGCUACAGUGAAGCCCACUUGAGUGGAAUAAGCAAAAUACACCGCAUAUGGAUCGGGUAUUUCUAGUGCACAUUUUGUUACUGAAUUCUUAGUGAAAAAUUCAUUGUUGGACAAAAUGUUCAUUUAAUAAUCGAAUAAGCUUAUUUGGGUCAGGAAAAGUAGAGACAACAGUGUUGUGGGGAGGCGUGCCUGUGUCUCAGGCACUGGGUGCAAAAUAAAAUUUGUAUCUUUUGACCAUUGAUAUUAUUAAUAGUUUCUGCAUACUAUGUUUACUAGUUUAUUAGGCAACUAAUUCAUUUUUCAUAAUACAUUGAAAGAUGGACUACACUGACAUCAAUACCAAAAAAAUUUUGUUAAAUUAUUUGGGUUUGGGGAUGUGGUGAACUUCAGAAAAUGUGCAUAGUCAUAAAGCCCUAAUGGCUUGUCAGAAGCUGGGGGUUGGAGGUGAGGCUUUUGUCCUCUCUCACUUCCCUUCAAAGAGUAAACUCUCAGUCUUCUUUAAAUGAACAGAGAUUUGUCUCCUGUAUAAGAGCUUGAUUAAUUUUGGCCAUUGCCUGAGACAUGUCUAAAUAAAAUGUUAGGGUGGUUUUUCAUCAGGCCGUACAAAAUCUUGUAUUGAUUUAGAGUAAAAAUUGUGUUGACGCUGUUCACUAACGGCUAUUAUUACUUCACGGUUGUGGUGCACAUUUGUUUGUAAAUAUCCUUCAUUUUCUUUGUAUUGAUUUUGAUCCCAAUGACUGUAUUGCAAUAAAGUAUUUUAAUGUAAAAUGUGGA